AAUCGGGCGUGAGGAAACCCGGGACGAACCCGGGACAAGCCCUCAUCUGCAUCGCAGCUCCCAGUCCGGCCAGGGUCGGUGCCGGGGGGGGGGGGAGCGGACCUGUGUCUGUCGCCGAACUGGCAGUAGAAAAAUGGAGUUGUCAAAAAGAAGGAUCUACAACAAGCAUCUGGAGCCCGCAAGGCCGCUCCGGCGCUUGAACAUCGAUCCGGAACCACGAAGAAAUGGAGAAAUUGAAAGAACGCUGUAUCCUUACAUAAAGGAGAAACCCAUGAAUGGAAUUGGGGUGGAUCAGUUUUAUGAAAUUAUCCAUCUUCACACGCAGAGAAAACCUAAAAAAGGCAAAAUCUGCUAUAGCAGGGAAUUUCUGAUUAAGCUAGCCAGCUCGCCUAUCGCUAAAAGAAAGCCCGACUUCUUGCCAGAACAUCCAGUUGUUCUGGAGAAACCAAGAGAAGAUGAUGUGUCAGUGUUGUUUUUCUAAUGGAACCUUCAAAUACAAGACGAUAUGUUGACUGUAAUGGAGGAAUUCAAGCUGCUUCAGUCGUCGGGUGAAGAGUAAAAGCCCCAGUUCGCAUGUUUCUGUUUAAGGAGGCCUGCAUGCUUCGUCGCUGUGUAGCCGAGGUCAUUAUACAGGACAUCCUGUAAUGCUUCACAGGCCUGUAUGUUAAUUGGGCUAUGUAAUAAUGAUUUACUAACGUUAAUUUUGGCAAAGGUAAUAGCCAAGUAAACGUGGGGGGGACUAGUGGUGAGGAAGAUGUUUUAAGGGCUGUUUGUUUUGUUUGUAUAGUCUUUUGAACUAUAUUUGUAUUUAAACAAUUUGUACACUUGUGUGAACACACUAUCUUCCUUUCCUCUUCAUGGUGGAGUUUUGUGGUGUAAUUUACUUUGAAACUGUGAAUUUGCAAUAUUUCAUUACUUAAUUUGAAAUCUAAUGGUUACGGUCUCUCGUUUGUGCGUGUGUGUUUGUAAAUGGCCUCUGUUCGGAGGCAGAUCUUGGCAUUUAUAGUACACUAAAGGUGUGUUUUUGUCAGCA